CUCCGACAUAUCAAUUCGACAUAUGAAUCGAGACGUGUCACAUGGUGGUACGGCUCUAGGUUAUCUCUUUUUCCGUGGUGACGACGGUGGAUGUGAGUUCUCUGUAUACGUUUGUCAGUAUUUCGAUAUAAUUCUUCGAAAUUUAUGCCGAAUCGAAAUAUCCUUCUUUCGUGUAUAUCAAAAAUAGAUUAAUUCAUCGCCAUGACUAAUUCGAAAGGUUAUAGACGUGGCACAAGGGACUUAUUCUCUCGCAAGUUCCGCAAGCAUGGAACUAUUCCCUUGUCCACAUAUAUGAAGACAUACAAGGUCGGUGAUAUCGUAGAUAUCAAGGGAAAUGGUGCCGUACAGAAGGGUAUGCCAUACAAAGUCUAUCAUGGCAAGACAGGUCGUGUAUUCAAUGUAACGGCACAUGCUUUGGGAGUGAUCGUAAAUAAGAGAGUACGCGGACGCAUCAUCGCCAAGAGAAUUAAUGUACGCAUCGAACAUUUGAGCCAUUCAAAAUGUAGGGAUGAUUUUCUUAAGCGCGUGAAGGAAAAUGAAAGACUCAGAAAGGAAGCAAAGCAGACGAACGUUCGUGUUCAACUAAAGAGACAACCAGCUGAACCUUCCAAAGCACACAUUGUAUCAGGACGUGAAGCACCGAUCUUACUUGCGCCUGUUCCAUAUGAAUUUAUCGCUUAAAAGAUUAAAUAAACUAAAAUUUUCAAAAUAAAAA